AUGGUGUUCCAGUUUGACUGCACAAACACACUCAACGACCAGACCUUGGAGAACGUCACGGUGCAGAUGGAGCCCACUGAAGCCUACGAGGUGCUCUGUUACGUGCCUGCCCGAAGCCUACCCUACAACCAGCCUGGGACCUGCUACACAUUGGUGGCACUGCCCAAGGAAGACCCUACAGCUGUGGCCUGCACAUUCAGCUGCAUGAUGAAGUUCACUGUCAAGGACUGUGACCCCACCACUGGGGAGACCGAUGAUGAAGGCUAUGAAGAUGAAUAUGUGCUGGAAGAUCUGGAAGUCACUGUCGCAGAUCACAUCCAAAACGUCAUGAAGCUGAACUUCGAAGCAGCCUGGGAUGAGGUAGGGGAUGAGUUUGAGAAGGAGGAAACAUUCACCUUGUCUACCAUCAAGACACUUGAAGAGGCUGUGGGCAAUAUUGUGAAAUUCCUGGGAAUGCACCCUUGUGAGAGGUCAGACAAAGUGCCAGGUAACAAGAACACCCACAUGUUGCUCCUGGCUGGUGUGUUCCGGGGAGGUCAUGACAUCUUGGUGCGCUCCCGACUGCUGCUUUUGGACACAGUAACAAUGCAGGUGACAGCCAGAAGUUCGGAGGAGCUGCCAGUAGACAUCAUCUUGGCGUCUGUGGGCUAA